UAUUGCUGACUGUGGGAGGGGUUAUAGUGCCAGCAGUAUUUAUUUCACAGUCAGUGAGCUUUCUGCAAAGACACCAAGUGCCCUUUUGAAGAAGCAAGUGAGUGAAUAUCAAAGGUUCCUUCAGUUCACCGGAGCAGCAGCCCAUCAUGAACUCCAAGCUAAGUGAGACUCAUCAGAAAGCAAUCUGCUCCCAGCUGGGACAUGUUCAACUGAAACUGCUCUACAAAGCCAGUGUCCAUGGUUAUACUGCUGCUGCCUUUCACCAGCAAUGUGACAGCCUGUCACCCACUCUGUCUGUGGGCUACAAUGCCUCUGGUUACAUUUUUGGAGGCUACACCACUCAACCUUUUGAUCAGUCUGGACAAUAUGCUAAAGAUGACCAGGCAUUUCUUUUUACUUUUGAGGGAAGAAAACUCAUCAAAUAUCCAGUUGCUAAUGCUUCAUACGCUGUUAGAAUGAUGAGCAACUCUGGUCCUUAUUUUGGAGAAUCCCUGGUUCUUAUUAAUACGGGCAUGCCAGUUGUACAUAGCAAGGCAGCAAGUUAUUACCCAUUUAAUGCUGCACAGAUGCAUGGAAAUGACUUGAACUUGAUAGACUGUGAGGUCUACCAGCUGGUGGAGCUGACUAAAUUUGAGGAUCCAUGGCGGACUGUAACCUGGAACCUUGAACAUAAGCUGGAGCUGAUGAAUUACAUAGAGAACUACAAACCCCAGAUCAGUUCUGUGUCCCAAGCUCGGGUUUUACUCGUUGGACCAGUCGGAGUUGGAAAGUCCAGCUUCUUCAACUCCAUCAACUCUGUUUUCAGAGGCCAUGUCACCAACCAGGCCAUGUCUGGUUGUUCCUCCACCAGCCUCACCACUCAGUUUCGAACUUACUCGCUGAAGGCUGGAAGAGAAGGCAGACUUCUGCCAGUCAUCCUGUGUGACACGAUGGGACUGGAGGGCAGCAACGACACAGGACUUGAUAUAGAAGAUAUAACUAGCAUCCUCAAAGGUCAUCUGCCUGACCGUUACCAGUUCAACCCUGCUACUCCUCUGGAUUCUGAUGCUGGUGGCUAUUGCAAGUCUCCAAGUCUCAAAGACAAGAUCCACUGUGUCACAUACGUACUUGAUGCCUGCAACAUCUCCAUUAUGUCCGCAAAGAUGGAGGAGAAGCUGGGAGCUAUCCGCAAAAAGGCCAACCAACUACGGAUUCCUCAGCUGGUUGUACUGACCAAAGUUGAUGAAGCCUGUUUGUUAGUGAAAGAGGACCUGACAAACAUCUACCAGAGCAUCUACAUCAAGGAGACAAUGCAACAGGCCAGCGCAAAGCUUGGGAUACCGCUGAGCUGCAUUAUUCCAGUGAGGAACUACACCGAGACGUUGGAUCUAGAUAUCAACUGUGACAUCCUGCUGCUCAGUGCGCUCACCCAGAUGCUUCGAUCGGCGGAUAAUUUUUACGAUGAUUUCAGUGACCAAUUGAGCACGCUUCAAACCAGGGAAUAAGAUUUUGAAAAAGCAGAUGCAACAGAUCAACCGCUGCAAAUCCUAAAAUUUUACCUAUGUGUUUUUUUUUACCUGCACAGGUUUAAUGUUCUACAAAAUAAAAU